AUGCCUCGUCCAGUGAACCCACGUCAGCCGCCUGGAGAUGGCGAGACCGGCAUAAACAUCUAUGGCUACACGCCUUCUCUGUCAUUGGCUGUUGCGGCGCUGGUGCUCUUUGGCAUCGUCGUCGUGGGGAAUGUCGCAUGGGCGGUGCGUUUUGGGAAGAAGACGAGGGUCUAUCACGGCUUGAUCGCUUUCGCCGCAGCCAUGGAAAUCGUAGGCUUCGCCUUCCGUCUGCGCUCCCACUCGAAUCCUUUCCUCCUCAUCCCCUUCGUCCUCCAAUACUUCAUGAUCGUAGUAGCGCCCGUCUUCUUCUCAGCUGCCAUCUACCUCUCCCUCUCCAUCAUCAUCGCGAGCGACGCGCGGGCUGCAGCCUCGCUGCCCUUUGGUCUGAAGCCACGUGCCAUCCUCGCGACCUUCGUGACGGUGGACGCCGUCACCACGGUCUUGCAAGUGGCAGGUGCUGCCUUGAUCGGCGUAGGAUACAGCCGUAUCGCUGAUGGGGAGACGCCGCCGCUGACACCCGAGAAUGCCAACAAGAUCCUUACGGCGGGUCUGGCCGUGCAGACCUGCUUCUUUGGCAUCUUCAUCGCCCUCUUCACCUCAUUCUGCGUCAAGGGUUGGAGGAAGUACAAGUGGCAUUCGCCGGAUAUGAUGCUUCUCGCCAGCAUCACGGUCGCUUCGUUGCUGCUGUGGAUGAGGAUCAUCUUCCGCCUAGCAGAAACGGCCGCCGGCGUAGAUUCAGACAUCUCGCAAGACGAGGGACUAUUUCUCAUCGAGUUUGAGGGAAGCUGCAUCGCCAUGCUUCUAUUGACGGCCGUGCCCCUCGAAUGGCGGUUGCGCAAACAAAAGAGGGGUCUGAGCGAGAAGGCAAGCCCAGACGCGCCAGAAUCCGUGCCCGCCGGACCCUGA